UCGCUUAAAAUAUUUAAAAUGUUAAAAUUUCUUUCUUAGUAGAUAUAAAAUGAAAUUGGUGCUAGUUUGUAUAAUUCCUGCUGUUUAAACGUGAAUGUGAUAUUCUUUAUGUUUUUACAGUUUAAUCUUCGAUCAUCAACAAUGGAAGAAAUGAGCUGAAGAUAUUUAUCACGAACCAAAGAUCAAACUGAUUACUUCAUAUGGUUGCGAGAAAAUUACGGGAAGAAGCUGAUAUUAGAAUGGAAGUUUCAAACGAGAAACUAGAGGGCUCACAGGAAUUAUCAAGGGUUGGAAUGGACAUGACUGCUAGAAUUAACAUAGUACCUGGAUAUCGGUCUGACCGCACACUUGAUGAACUUGAUGCAAAAAUCAACAUUAAUAGGUACUUGAAAGAACAGUGGAUUGAGUUCCAAGUUCAAAAGGAGAGAGGAAAACUGUGUGAUUUAACCCUAGAACUGUGUGACGGUCAUCUUCAGGCGCACUCAGCUCUUCUCAGCCUAGCUUCUCCGUUCAUUAGUCAACUACUGGGCGCGAUGUGUCAGUGCAAAGAAGAGCUAAAAAACAGAAAUCUUCUGCUCCCUGAUAUCUCAUGUAGAGAAAUGAACAGUGUUCUUAACCUACUGUACUCUGGAAGGUGUGUUGUAGUCGAUGUAUCUCUGAACAGAUUGAAAUUUGUCUUGAACAUCCUUGGGAUGAAGAAAGUCUUAAAUAGUUUAUCUCUCCAAAUCUGCACGAGCUCAAAUGUUUAUGUCAGCAACAAUAACGGGAACAUAAACUCCAACCAAUUACUUGAGACGAGCUCUAACAAGGUGCUGGAGAAGAACUCCGAGAAAAUUCACAAAUCUGAGAAAAUUCUCAUUUCUCACUCAUCUGAACCAGAGGCAUAUACUCCUAACCUAACAUCUCCUACUCACCUAACAGAAAAUUCUCAACUUCAAUCAAAAUCUACUCCGCAACCAGUAGUAUCUACCCCUCAUCCUACUCCUGCAUUAUCAGAAUCUAAUCCUAAAAUAUCAACCCCAUGUAAAGAUAUUUCCAGAAUUCCUGAUGUCCAUGAGUCAACUCCUAAUAUGUCGACUUUACACAGACCAAAGGCGAGGAAACUUAACACUUUAUUUUCUUUUCCUUCUGAUCCAUUCCCUUCUCUUCAUUUACGGGAAGGGGACAUGAACAGUAACUUUGUUACUGAACCUAUAGGAUCAAAGUCUACAGAUAUGUGUGACCGCACUAGUCCCUCAUUAACAGUCAGCAGUGGAGAUAACAAACCAUUGACACCAGACAUAUGCAAGAUAAAGAAUCCUAAUUCUGUGACACAAACAACAUGUGAUGACGAAUUCCAAAGACCACUGAGUGUUGUUCCUGAAAUCCCUGAGCUUCUGCCCCGUCCCAGGUCAGCCUUUGUGCCGGUCAGUCAAAAUAACAAGGUUUUAACUCCAGGAAUACCAGCGAUUAAGAAGCCUCUUCAUGGGAUACUCCUCAGGGAAGAGUUCCCAAGAUCAAAUAGUGUUGCUCCUCAAGAGUUUGCUCAGUUUCCUCCUCGUCCAAACUCAGCUUUCAUGCCAAAUAAUCAGUUUUAUGGGUAUCCUGGAUAUAAUAUAUCAUCUGUGUUCUCUGGGUUCCAUCCUGGAUAUCAAUUUAAUCCAUACCAUUCCUAUCAACCCUACCCAGGGUUUCAUAUUCCGGGAAUAUUUCCAACUCCGAUGCCAAGGCAUAACAUUUCUCAGACGGAAGAGGGACUGAGAUCAAGUUCAACCUUUACUCCUCAAGCAUUCCGAGGCAGUACAUCUGUGCCUCCAUACCUAGGGGAAGAAUACCAUCGAGACAGAUGGAGGGAUAGAGGAGAGUCUAGUAUAGAGGGUCAAGAUGAAAUUAUUGAACCUGGAACCGAGGCUGAAAAUAUGAUACCUGAGAACAGAAGUGGGAUGAAUGGGCCUGGUAUCGGAAAUAAAGUUCCAAAAACCAGAUCUAAAUCCCAUAUUGAAUUAGGGUCAGGAUUAAUUGAGGAGAAGAAUGAUUAUAAAGUGCACAAGAAGUAUGGGAGAAUUAUAACAAAAGGAUGUGUUUGUAUCUUCUGUGGUAGUGGAUCCGAGUCCAAGUAUCAACUGAAGCUUCAUUACUUUUACAAACACUUUUACCGACGAAUUAGCGAAAUGUUUCCGAAAUCUACACGACACUGCGCACCCUGCAAUCAGAGAUUUCAAUCCAACACGGUGUUCCUUAAACAUUAUGGGAUGAAACAUAACGCUGUUGAGAUCAUGCUGGAAGAUUGCAGUCAAGGAAAUCAGUCAGAGAAGGGAGUUAAGCAAAACUUAGGUAAACCUGGACGAGCUAAUCUGGACCAGGAAGGGUCAGGAGAUCAGAUUAGAACUGAUAAGGGUGGAGCUGAGGAUCAAGACCAGAUGAGGUCUGAGGAUCAAGACCUGAGCGAUCCCAUGGAUCAUAAAAGAUUUAAGGAUCAAGACCCGGGAGAUCCCAUGAACCAUAGGAGAUCUGAGGAUCAGAACCAGUGUAGGGCUGAAAGCCACGACCAGGUUAGCUCCGAGGAUCAAAGAAGAGACGAACAAUACAGGCUUAGUGAAAACAAAGCUUUGAGGAAUUUUUCUCUUGGGAAAAAUGAGAAAAUGGAAUCAGAACUUGAAGUUUGGAGCAAUGAAUCAGUAGAAGCAGAGCAAGAUAUGAACUGUUCUCAGAGCUCAACUAAGGACACCAAAGAUGAGAGUCUUGGGUUAAAAAAGCCGAUUUACUGCUGCAUGAUGGAUUUUGCUCUUCCUGCAUUUCUUCAUCAUUGUGUCAGACAUCAUUUCAGGAGGAAAAUACAAGCAGAUCUUGCGCAAUCCUUCCUAGGUAAUAAUACAAUUUAGGAUCCAGCUCAAUCC